AUGAGUGAACAACCCAAAACGGGAUCAUCUCAUAGACUACCCAUUUGGGUUCUUAGUCCGCGAGAAGAGAAGGAAGCUCGCCAAAAUUUGAAAAAAACGGCGUUUAGCAAGUGUGAUGAGUAUGUUAAAGCCAUGGUGGAGUGUUCCAAGAAGCAUGGACUUAAAGUAUUCCCAACUUGUGAGCCUGAACGUGACAAAAUGGCUGAAUGCAUAUUGUUUUAUCAAGACGACAAGUAUCUUGACGAAGAACGCGACAAGAUUGUUCAACGUAAGUUCGAUGCACUAGAGGAGCAAAUCAAGAGAAAAUAA